AUGCAAACAAGCGCAAAAGCUUACCGUUCCAACCCCUCACCUACUGUUUUAAUUAGUAAACCUAUCACGGUCGAGAAGCUGAUUCCCUUGGAAUUCGAUCUCAAUCUUUUAGCUGGAUUCGACACCAAUGCAUUCGAUGACAAGGAAUUAAAAAAUAACCGAGAAGCUUAUAUCAAGAAUCUGACUCGAGAUAACACGCAGCUGCUUGUGAAUGAAAUUUUCAAGUUGCCUAUACAGAGUGGCGAUGCCGGUGUUCUCGCUCAACUUCCCGCACGUACGAGCAUUUUACCUCGUGAGAAACCAUUACCAAAGGAGAAGCCAUUGACACGAUGGGAGAAAUUCGCAAAAGCCAAGGGCAUUCAGAAUCGCAAACGGGAACGUAUGGUGUGGGACGACGAAUCACAGGAAUUUGUUCCCCGUUGGGGUUAUGCUGGUGGCAAAGACAAGGAUAAAUUGGCUUCUGACUGGUUGAUCGAGGUGCCCCAGGAUGCCGAUCCUAUGGAAGAUCAAUAUGCCAAGCGCCGUGAAGAUAAGAAGGCACGUGUGGAAAAGAAUGCUAAGCGACAGAAACGAAAUUUGGAGGAAACCGCCGUGGCCACCAUGGCCGGUAAGAAGGAUGUGCGAGAAUUCAAAAAGGCCGAACUUCAAGCCGCCAUUGCCGCCUCCAAAACCGCCACCGCCAGUCUGGGUAAAUUCGACACCAAGCUGAAAAAUGAACCCAAGGCCAAGGGUGUCACUCAUCAGGUAAAAAAAAAAAAAGGAUCACUAUCUUGCUUGGUAUGGUACGGUAUGAAUAUAUGCUAA